UCUAUUAACCCAUCCCCGUGCAUGCAGGCCUACAGGGAUGCAGGGAGCUACGACCAAGAUCACGCGACUGUUGUUCAGCAGCGCACUCUGAAUGACGACAGAACAGCGCCUGGCGGGGGUUGUCGCAUGUCGAGUUUGUGUUGGAUGUUCUGAAAAAACAAAACAAUACUGGAUCAAAGCUUUGCAUUGAUUUAGCGAAGCCGCCACCUUUGGUACAUUUGAAAGUCCACUCUAGGGCCGCUCUCCCUCCCAUUGCAUGCCAUGGCGAGUGCUUCCCCCAGAUUUACUUGGUGCGCCUGCCGCAAACACAAGAUCCCCUCCAAGGACACCCACGAGCUCUGCUUGCACUGCCUGGGGAUUCAGCAUGCCAAAGAGGCCGUGCUGGAAUACGGCAAGUGCCCUCACUGUGCCAAAAUGGACUGGAGCACCUGCAUCAACCGGCUCACCAAGGUGCAGGAGGUGAUCUACCGCGAGAGCCAGCUGAGGAAGAGCGAGGCAGCCCAGUCUGAGGCCCAGCCCAAGCCCGAGACCUCCAUGGUCCCCGUCAGCGAACCCAAGGCCAUGAAAUGCAUGCCGCCUGUUGCGCCCACCCCGGCUCCCCUCAACACCGCCUCCGUGCCCUCCUCCACCGUCCCGGUGAUGUUCACCAUCCUGUCCCCGCCCCCCGCGCAGAUGGAGGCCAAUAGCAGCAUGCUGAGAGGUGCCCACGUGCCCCCGCUGGCCGUUCAGCAGCCGGCCGCGUCCGGCCUGGGCCAGGCGGGGGCGGAGCACGGGCGGGGGGCGCACUCCUGCAAGAGGAAGCACUUCUCGGCGUGCCAUUCGCGGUGCUCCAAGCGGCCCAAGCGGAGCCAUGGGAGCCACCGGCGCAGACGCUCCCCCUCUUCGUCGUCCUCGUCUUCCUCCUCGCCGUGCUGGAGCGGCUCGGAGUCCUCCUGCUCCCGGCAGAAGAAGAAGAGGUCGCGGCGGGGGCAGGGGCAGGGCCAGGGCCAGCACGGCCGGCUCCUGGAGGUGGUGCAGCAGAAGUUGGAGGCUCAGCAGCAGGCUGUGCAGGUGCAGUGGACCCUGCUGGAGAAGCGCAUCGAGGCCCUGGAGAAGAGAGGAGCUGAGCCCGCGGGCGUGGUGGCGGCCUGCACCACGCUGCCGACUGCUGUCGCCCCGGCGCCCGGCUCUUCGCAGGACGGGGAACGGGAGGUGGAGCUGUGGGCGGAGUCCGGGCCGUCCACGGACAUGCCGCCCAGGGAGUCGGCCAUCUCCACCGUGGUGAAGCUGGAGGAAGAGGCCGUGACGGUGAUGGCGGGUGCGGAGAGGGAGGAGGCCAGCGAGGGGGAGGACGUGCCUCUGCUCCCCGACGACCCCAGGCAGGACGUCCUGUCUGCCACAGAGCUGCAGGCCCUCAUCAGCCGGGCCGCCAAAUACCUGGGCGUCAGUUUCCCCAGUACCUCGAGCAGGCCGGGCUCCCUGGACCCCACCAUGGUGCCGGAGUUCGAGGACCUGGUCCAGAGCACCUGGUCCAACCCGGCCAGCGCCCAGCCCUUCAGGGAGGUGUUCUCCAAGAUGUACCGGCUGCACGAGUGCCAGGCCCCGGCCUACGACCGCAUGCCCCAGGUCAACCGCUUCAUGUCCGCCAUCUUCCAGGCCGUCAAGCCCACAGAGAACAAAGAGGCGUCCGUGCCGGCAGAGCGCUGGCGCUUCACCGAGACCCUGGCGGAGAGGGUGUACCAGACCGCCGGGAUGCUGGCCCGAACCGCCAACUACCUGCGCUACCUGUCCGACUACCAGAAACGGCUGCUGGUGGAGAUCACGGAGGAGAGGUCGGCCCAGCGGUUUCUGACUGUCCUGAAUGAGCUGAAGCUCAUCGGGGAGUUCACCUCCCAGCUGUCCUCCCAUCAGGCUGAGCUCUCCGGCAGGGUAAUGGCCUCCUCCGUGGCCAUCCGCCGACAGAUCUGGAUGGCAAAGACCAACUACACGGAUGCUUUGAAAGCCACGGUGGCAGAUCUGCCGUUUGUUGUCAGCCACACCUUUGGAGCCAGUACAGGUACCGCUUCCAAUGAAACAAUGUGCAAACAGGAAGCUUUGUGAGCAGCGAAACACCCUGGCAAUGUUAGUGGCUCUCGCUCUCUGAUUCGGUUCAGAGGCUCCCUCAGAAGUGACAGAAGUACAUUGUUCUACCACCAGUGGGCAGGAAAAGCCAGCUGAGCAGUACUUCCCAAUUUUUUUAAUUUACGAAAAAUCGGUGACUGCUGUGUAGACUUUAGCUUUUGGAAAGUAAUCAUGUCUGCUGAUGUAGCAUCAUAAAUUGAAAACUCCAGUUAAUCAUGUU